UAUUGCGCAUUAUUUUCUGCGUUGAUAGAUUGAUUCUGCAUCAAUCCACAACCAUUCUUUUUGUACGUCUCGAAAACGAAUUUCCAUGGUUUGCCUUUGUGUGUAAGGCACGCUUUUCUUCGUCAUUUUUCUAAGCCAAAAGUGUGCGUUGGUUGAUGUGUUGAUUUCGUCUGCUAGUGCGUGCGAAUAUGUGACACAAGAUAACCAACACUUACAGGAUAAAAAGAUACAUGUGAAUUUCAAAAGUUGACGUGGUAAAAAUAAUUCGGAUCCAUCUCAGCAGAUACAACUUCUAGAAUUGUACAUCUGGGGUAUCUAGUUUUGAGAUCACCCUGCAAUCAAGCCGGGUAUUCCCCGCCCCCGGGGCAAGUUCACGUUGGCUAAUCUGUUUUCCUCCUCAACAACAACAACAACGCCGUUGGCGCUGGGGCCUAAGGUUGUCACUUUUGUCAGGAAAAGGGUUAAGUUUUGGGAGAACACUCCAGCCGCGCGUGUACGGCCCCCAAUGCACAUCCUGCCCGGUUAGCUCGCCAACAUGCCCUCACCCCCGCUGAUGCUGCUGUGCGCCGCGGGCGUCGGCCUGGCCGCCCUGCUGUACUACUACUUUGCAGCAAGGGAGCUGGAGGGCGCCCACGGUGCUGCUCCUAGGGGCAGACAGCGGUCCCGAAACGGGAGCAGGUAUGAACUGGAAGAAUGUAGUAUCUGUCAGGAAGUUGUGUUCAAACCAUCAUCACAACGCAUACUGGCAUGUGGCCACAACUUCCACAUUAGAUGUAUCGAGAAAUGGCAGGAGGCUUCUCCCUAUCCCACAACAUGUCCGAAUUGCAGACAACGUGUCUAGUUUGAAUGGAUGCUGUAUGCUGGAUUUGGUUCAACAAGGACAUGCAGGAAGACUGUUUCUAAUCCUUGCUUUCACUUUUACUGACUUCGUUAGCGUAAUGGUUUAUACACAUUGCUAGCAUGCCAUUUUCCUAUCAUCAGAGUAAAGUAUCUGAAUACCUGAAUGUCCGUACUCAAUGCUCACUUAAUAAUGUUUGUCAUUAACUAGCUCUUCCGGCUAGAUUGUGUAGUAUGAGGAUUAUGUAAUCAUUUGAUUACCAUACCUGUUUCUGUGCAGUGGCAAUGCCAUUUUUUCUUUCAUUCACUUUAUAAUUGUUAUAUGGUUUGCAGUAUUGCCAGGUGUGAAUUUGCUGAGCAGGAACAAAACUGUUGAGUUAAUAAUGUUUACUGUCUGAUCUUGACAUCACUGACUAAAAACAAUAUUUGUACUUUUUUUUCAAUUGUUCAGAAUGUUCUCCUUAACAUUUGUCAAAGUCCAAUUUGUAUUUGUACUGCUUUACACUUUUCCAAUUUUUUAUCAUCUGACAUCUCAACAUUCAGGCUGAGCAAAUAUCAUUUUCAUUCUUAGCCCGUCAGUUUUUUGUCUAAGAAGUUUUUUUUUUUUCUUUUUUUUCUUUUUUUUGUAUACUCUAAAUUUUGUCACAAAUGUCUCCUGUAGCUUGCACUUUAUGCGAUAUCUCAGCCUUGAUACUGUGUGCAAAGUGCAAAACUAUUUAUUGCUUUGUGAUAUUUUUUCCACCAAAUGACUGAUUGUUGUAGUACAGUUCGCUUUCUGUAAGUCACACUGUAUGCUGUAGUUGUAAGGCUGCAAUUGGUUUGCUAAGUUAGGUUGAUGUAAAUUUUUUAGACUUUUACAUAUGAAUGUAGAAGAACAUUUAAAUGUAAAAUCUAGUCAUGGCUGUUUGCUUAAGUUUCAGUUUUUUUUCUUAAUAACUAAUUUGGAGAUUAAACAUUUAAUUUUGGUCGAAGUUUGUUUAUUAGGGGGUGAAUAAUUAAUUUAAGGCUUAAGUUCUCCAUUAAUUUAGUGAGUCAUGACAAUGCAUAAUAAUCUCUCAAACCCAACUUUCUUUUAACUCUGGAUUUUAGUAUUAUUAUAAGAUUGUGAUAUAUUCCAUCAGCUGAUUUCCUCAAUUGGACUUUUCAUCAGUGCCUUGUUAAAUAGCAUCCAAAUAUCACUUGUAUUGUUGAAGUCUACUUACUUGAUUUUGAACAUUAUUUGGCACAAUUCUCUAAGACUGCAAAUUUCAAAACUCCCUGCUUCUUGUGUCUUAACUGAAACUGUAUCAUUUGCUCACAUCAAUUUAGUGUUUACAAUAUGGUCCAAUUAAUCUUGCAGUUGAGUGUAUUUGGAUGUAAUUUGCUUUCUUUUAAGUUCAUGUUUUGCUAUGGUUAUUGAAAAUUAUGUUUUACAUUUUUUUAGUUUCAAUAUUGUCCUCUGCCCCCCUUUCUGAUGUGUGGUGUGGCAGAGCGGUGCCUUCAUGUAGAUCCUUGACUAAAUCCUGUAUUCAUCAGGGAGUAGUCAUUGGGUAAAAAGUUCGACUAUUAAAUUUGAUUUUUGGAUGAUUGUGAUAUGUGCAGACACUGCCACGUCCUUUGAUAUAAUACUCAUUCUGAACCAAAUUUGGUACAAGUAUGCAAUAGUUGUGACCAUACAUGUAGGGAAUGGGAAUCAAAUACAAAAUCUUGAAAACCUUUACAUUUUCAAGGAAAUGGCUGUUGUGAUGCCCACACCCACAAACCUCUGUAUCACAUAAUUUCCAGGUCUGGAGUUUGAUAGCUUACAUUAGUGUUACUACUUUUAAUAAAGUUGUGGAGGGGAAACAGUACUCAUAA